UGGGAGGGAUUUUUAUGUCCCUGAUUGUGUGUGUGAAACUGCCUAUCUGUUGACUGUGCUACUGUGCUACAACAUUUUGUAUGUCUCUGUAAGUGUGUAAACCUCAGGGCUGUUGUGUGAACAUGUGUCUACUAUGAGUGAACAUCUUGGAGUAGCUGUGCAAAGGUGGAUCUCGCUGUACCUGUGUGUCUGAGUGUGCCUCGGCCUUGUGAGUGUCUGCACCCUUGUGGCCCUGAGUGGAGUGUGGAACGGCUAGUGGCACUUGGGCAUCUGUCGCUGUCCGUGCAUCAUGGGGGAUGUGAAGUUGCAUGAGUGUGUGUGGGCACCUAAGAGCCCUCCCCUGUGUAUCUUUAUUGUGCAAGUGAGCAGGUUGUGUGUGUGUGCCCCUGGUGUUGGUGAGCAUGCCAGGAUACACCUGUUAUAGGAGUGUGUACCUGGGUGUACCAGGGGGUGCAUGGGUUUCUCGGUGGUGUGUAUGAGUGUGCAAGGGAAGUCAAGUUGUACUGGUGUGGUUGUGUGUGUUAACCUGGAGGGGAUGUUCCGUCUGAGUUGUGUGUCUGUGUUGUGUGUUCUCCUAAACUUCGGUCUUCACGUCUGGGCAGUGCCUUCGUACAUCUGUUGUGUGUGGGUGCAAACAUGCGUGUGCGGGGUGCCCCACACACGUGUGCCCAUGUCCCUGGUGGCAGGCUGACCCCGCUUCUGGCCUGUCAGGAGGGGGGCUCAGGAGACAGGACCUGUGCUGUGCUGGGUCCAGCUUGGGGUACUGGCCCAGGCCCUGACUCCCUAAAGAGAGAUGAAGAAACCGAGAUUCAGAGAGGUUCAGACACUUGCUCGAGGUCACACAGCUAACCUCACACCCCGCCGGCCCCGCCUGCUCACAGCAUCAUGGCUCCCGGCUCCUCCUCCUGCGCGCUCCUCUCGCCGCCGCCCGCCGCCCCGCUCUUCCUGCUGCUUCUCUGGGCCGGGGCAUCUCGCGGCCAGCCCUGCCCCGGCCGCUGCAUCUGCCAGAAUGUGGCACCCACGCUGACCAUGCUGUGUGCCAAGACCGGCCUGCUCUUUGUGCCGCCGGCCAUCGACCGGCGCGUGGUGGAGCUGCGGCUCACCGACAACUUCAUCGCGGCCGUCCGCCGCCGGGACUUCGCCAACAUGACCAGCUUGGUGCACCUCACCCUCUCCCGCAACACCAUCGGCCAGGUGGCGGCCGGCGCCUUUGCCGACCUCCGCGCGCUCCGGGCCCUGCACCUGGACAGCAACCGCCUGGCCGAGGUGCGUGGGGACCAGCUGCGGGGCUUGGGCAACCUCCGCCACCUGAUUCUCGGCAACAACCAGAUCCGCCGGGUGGAGUCGGCCGCCUUUGACGCCUUCCUGUCCACCGUGGAGGACCUGGAUCUGUCCUACAACAACCUGGAGGCCCUGCCGUGGGAGGCGGUGGGCCAGAUGGUGAACUUGAACACCCUCACGCUGGAUCACAAUCUCAUAGACCACAUCGCCGAAGGCACCUUCGUGCAGCUCCACAAACUGGUUCGCCUGGACAUGACCUCCAACCGCCUCCAUAAACUGCCCCCCGACGGGCUCUUCCUGAGGUCCCAAGGCCCCGGGCCCAAGCCCCCCACGCCGCUCACGGUCAGCUUCGGCGGCAACCCCCUGCACUGCAACUGCGAGCUGCUCUGGCUGCGGCGGCUGACCAGGGAAGACGACCUGGAGACGUGCGCCACGCCCGAGCACCUCACGGACCGCUACUUCUGGUCCAUCCCCGAGGAGGAGUUCCUGUGCGAGCCCCCGCUCAUCACGCGGCAGGCGGGCGGCCGGGCCCUGGUGGUGGAGGGCCAGGCGGUCAGCCUGCGAUGCCGCGCCGUGGGGGACCCCGAGCCGGUGGUGCACUGGGUGGCACCGGAUGGGCGGCUGCUGGGGAACUCCAGCCGGACCCGGGUCCGGGGGGACGGGACGCUGGAGGUGACCAUCACCACCCUGCGGGACAGCGGCACCUUCACCUGCAUCGCCUCUAAUGCCGCCGGGGAGGCCACCGCCCCCGUGGAAGUGUGCGUGGUGCCGCUGCCGCUCAUGGCGCCCCCGCCGGCCGCCCCGCCGCCGCUGACCGAGCCCGGCUCCUCUGACAUCGCCACCCCGGGCCGACCCGGUGCCAACGAAUCGGCCGCCGAGCGCCGGCUCGUGGCGGCCGAGCUCACGUCGAACUCCGUGCUCAUCCGCUGGCCGGCCCAGAGGCCGGUGCCCGGCAUCCGCAUGUACCAGGUGCAGUACAACAGCUCCUCGGACGACUCCCUCGUCUACAGGAUGAUCCCAUCCACCAGCCAGACCUUCCUGGUGAACGACCUGGCGGCGGGCCGCGCCUACGACCUGUGCGUGCUGGCCGUGUACGACGACGGGGCGACCGCGCUGCCGGCCACGCGAGUGGUGGGCUGCGUGCAGUUCACCACCGCGGGGGACCCGGCGCCCUGCCGUCCUCUGAGGGCCCACUUCCUGGGCGGCACCAUGAUCAUCGCCAUCGGGGGCGUCAUAGUCGCUUCGGUCCUCGUCUUCAUCGUUCUGCUCAUGAUCCGCUACAAGGUCUACGGCGACGGCGACGCCCGGCGCGUCAAGGGCGCCUCCCGCUCGCCCCCGCGGGUCAGCCACGUGUGCUCGCAGACCAACGGGGCCGGGGCGCCGGCCCCCGCGCCGGACCGCUACGAGGCGCUGCGAGAGGUGGUGUCGCCGGCCGCUGCGGCGGUGGCCGUCCAGGGCAAGGGCACGGCGGCCGAAAUGGCCUCUGCGGGGCCGGAGGCGGCCCUUGGACGCUCCCUGGGCGGCUCGGCCACCUCGCUGUGCCUGCUGCCGUCGGAGGAGACCUCCGGGGAGGAGCCUCGGGCGGCGUCCGGCCCUCGGAGGAGCCGUUCCGGAGCCCUGGGGCCGCCAGCCUCCGCGCCCCCAACUCUAGCCCUGGUUCCUGGGGGGGCCUCGGCCCGGCCCCGGCCGCAGCAGCGCUAUUCCUUCGACGGGGACUACGGGGCGCUCUUCCAGAGCCACAGUUACCCGCGCCGCGCCCGCCGGACAAAGCGCCACCGGUCCACGCCGCAUCUGGACGAGGCCGGAGGGGGCGCGGCCGGGGAGGACGGAGACCUGGGGCUGGGCUCCGCCAGGGCGCGCCUGGCCUUCACCAGCACCGAGUGGAUGCUGGAGAGUACCGUGUGAGCGCGGGCGGCGGCGGGACGCCUGGGUGCCGAGGACCGAGGCCCAGCCGCCCGGACGCGCCCGCACGCCGGGCGGGACUCAAGGGCGCCAACGCCCGCCUAGACCUCCGACUCCCGGGGAGACGCACCCCUCUCCCCGGGGCGGGCGGGGCUGCCGGCCACCUCCCGCGCCCAGAGGAGCAGGGGGCGGCGCCGGGCUCCCCUCCCCCACGAACUCCUGCCCCUCCCCUCGCGCGCUCGCGGACCUCGCUGGAGCCGGUGCCUUACACAGCGAAGCGCGGGGAGGGGCAGGGCCCCCCCGACACUGCAGCACUGAGACACGAGCCCUCUCCCCCCGCCCGGGACCCGGGGCAGGGGCGAGGGGCCCAUUUCUUGUAUCUGGCUGGACUAGAUCCUAUUCUGUCCCGCGGCGGCCUCCAAAGCCCCCAACCCCACCCCAUUCACCUCUUCGGUCCCGUCGGGUCCGGCUUGGGGGUCCCCCUUUCCCUGGUCCCCUCGUUCGUUCCUGUCUCGCCCUCUGUCGUGUCUUCCGUCUCCGUCCUUCCCUACACGUCUCUCCUGCCUCUGUAGCGUGUCUUCCCUGUCGCCCUCCCGUGUUUCGUCCAGUCUCCCCGUCUCUGGAGAUUACCUCUCCCCACUACACACUGUCCCGGGCAGGUCCCACCGGAAGGACCAGACUCACCCCGACUCCUUCCUUUUUCCUCCAAUGAAGCCCCACAUGAACAAAUCCAAAACCAAAUCCCCCUCCCUGCCGGAGCCGGGACCCUCCGCCGCAGCAGAAUUAAACUUUUUUCUGUGUCCGAG